UAAAGCAGGUAAAGAUUGACAAUAAUCGCGAGAUUGGGUGUGACUGCAAACUCUUUUCAAGGUGCAAGAAUCAAAAAUAUUAAAUUAUGAAUGCGGGCGCCCAAAUAUGCACUGUUUUGAUAACUGCAUAGUCUAGAGAAAGCCCCUAAUCUUGGAUCAGAUAACAAUUAAGAAUUUUUCUUUAAAAACUAAAGAAAAAAGACAAUCUUAACUGUUGUUACAAUGAGUGGUCAAAUCAAGGUAAAGUCAGAACCAGUUGACCCUGGUUAUGAGGUUGCUUUGGAAGGAUCCAGUGGGGAACCAGUUGAGGGACAGCAGAUCAAAUCUCUACUGAGAGGAAUACUGGAUAAAUCUGACCAGGGACAGUCGAUCAAGAAUGUUAUUGAAGAUAUGCUGCAGAAAAAUGAAGCAGUGAUUGCACAGAAUGAUCCUCUACCAUUUAAACCUAAUCCUAGAACAACAUAUAAAAAGGAUGAUUUCAAACUAAAAGAUUCUAACAUGGUACGACCCAAAAGUCCAACACGUACAUGUGAGAUACCACAGAAGGACAUGUCACAUAUUGGUCAAACAUUGAUGGAGAUGGGAGUGUAUGAUGAGAAGACAGAACAUUCAUUUCAGAAUAUGACUCAUGAAAUGGUUUGUGGAGUUGCUUCAAAAGCUUUUGUAAUGACACAAGAUGGAGAUAACAUUCAGACAGAUAUGCAGUAUUAUUGGUGUAACUUUUGUCCAUUUAAAACAGAACACAAGCAGACUUUACUUCAGCACGUCAUGGAACACAGGUUUCAUUGUAAGUUUUGUACAUAUCAGUCUUUUUCUAGAGCUGAUGUCAUUCGACAUGCCUCCAAAGAACAUGAAGACUUCCGCUCCACUGCUGAAAGCCUGAAGUAUUGUACAUUCCUACCUGAUUUUCUUCAGCUAGAGGUCAAUUCAAAAAAGAGAAAGAAUGAGGAAAAUGGUGAACCAACACCAAAGAAAACCAAAGUUAGUAAACCAGGUCCCAAAUCAAAGACAGAAGGAAAACCAAAAAUACCUACUACAGAAACCAUGUUUGAAAUGGAAGUCGAUGAAGUAGAUGAUGAUGACAAUGAAAGUUCAGAGGAAGAAGAACCUUCAGAGAAAGUUAUUGUACCUAGAAGUAAAAGGUCAUCAAUUGUUGCCAAACCCGUUCAUGAAGCAUCCAAAGCAAAAGUCAUUGAGACUCCUGUCGCUACUAAGUCACCAGCCAAAAUAACUCCUAUAGCACCAAAACCAACACCACCAUCAGCGGCACAGAAAACAACCACUCCAGGUAAAACACAAAAUACAGUUACAGUCUCUUCAGGUCUUUGUUGGAAUUGUGGUUACUGUGAAUUUGUCACAUUAAGUCAGACCUUCCUGAAGACACAUCUGAAUACCCAGCAUGGUGGAAAGGCCCACAAGUAUGUAGCCAUGUUAGUCUCGUCACAGGAUGAAAUGAACAAAAUCAAAGAGAGAGACAACCAGAUGUACCUUAGUCCCAAUCCUGCCUUACUACUGGGUAGUCCAACAGUAACAUCCACACCUGCCCAAGAGAAGACAACUCCAGCUGUAACUCAAAAUGAGGAUAAUGCAGAAGGCAUAGCGGAUAGUGACAGUGACGAAGAAUACAUUCCUGAUGAAGAAAAGAAGAAGUAUCCAUUGACUUACAAAUGUGCUCACUGCAAUUUUAAUGCCCCAGUCUGCUUCAAGAUCAAAGAACACUUGUUGUUUAAACAUUCUGGAUGUGUUUUGUAUGCACUCGACAUGAGGGCUGUCAAACUGAAGCAAAAAAGAUAUGUUUUCUUUUGUCAUCGACAGAACUGUUCCUUUACCAGUAAGAAAACCGAAGAAUACCUCAAUCAUUCAGAGAGUUGUACUCCUUGGUUAGAACCAGGAUGUCCAGAGAAAAUUGAUGGAUCUGCAAAGAAAUGUCUAGAACUAACUCGUAAUUUCUCAACCAAGAUUUCUCAAAAAGCAUUUCAGAUGGCACGUAAUUUUAAAACUACCAAAACAGCAGAGUAUGCCUGUAUACACUGCUCUUACACUUCAAAUAACAAUACAAGAGUGAAGAAACAUGUAUUAGCUAAUCACAAAGAUGGAGAAACUGUGAUGAGAGAUCUUCAAGCUUCAAAAAUGAAGAAAAAAACCACAGUAUACUUCUGUAAGAUCUGUCUGUGGGAAACUAGAGUUGAUGGGGAACUUGGUGAACAUCUAAAAGAUAAACACAAUGAAGACCUUCCAGUAUCAACACCUACUCCAAAGCCAGUCACUGAUACAGCAACAGGUCCUGAAGAACCUCCUCCACUCAUGCCCAAAAUAGUGUCCGUCAAGUCAGGGAAAGACGCAGCAACUCCACCUUCCUCAGUGUCUAGCUCAGACAUAGAAGACAGAUUAAAUGAUGAUGACGAUAGUGAACCCGAACAAAAGGAAGCAGAUGAUGGCUUGGACGGAUUAGAAAUCCCAGAACAGGAUGUUCAGAAAAUGAUGGAUGAAUACAUUUCUGAUGAAGCUUCAAGAGGUAAAUCUUCAGGAAGACCAAAUCGUGCUGCAGCAGCUAAAGCUUCUGCCAGAGUGCAAGCCCAGGGGCAUUCUCCUUCAUUGUAUAAAUGUCUACAGUGUCAACAGAUGCACUUUGGAGAGAAUUUAAUGAAGCGUCACAUUAACACAAUUCAUCCUGGAGUAGCUUUACGUGCAUUGGAUGUCAAGAAGAAAACACACAAAAAUAAUCCUUACAUCUGUUUCUGUCCCAAAGAUCUGUGCAAAUAUGUACACCUCAGUGAGGAAAAUCUUGUCAAACAUGCUGAGGAUACCCACUCUAUUGACCGAGAUACGGCUUCCAUUAAAGCCAUCCUAGAGCCAUUCGUACCUCCAUCUUCUCCUGAAAAACCAGUCAGAAAUAGUAUUUCAUCAGCUCAGUAUGAAUGCUUAUAUUGUGCAACCACUCUUCAGCUUACAACUUGUCUCAAAAUGAGGCAACACAUCCUAGCCAGGCAUCCAGAUGAAGAUGUUAUAUUCAGAGACUGUCUAUUGAGGAAAUCACGAAGGGCAUGUCGAGUAUUCAUGUGUCCAGAUAUUACUUGUGCAUUCAACACAACAGAUCAGAAAGAAAUAAGCUUACAUAAGUUAGCCCAUGAAAAAGCCACAAUUUAUGAAUGUUCCCAGUGUCAAUGGUUUACAACAAAUCUGGAUACUGUUGGUGCACACAUGGCUGCAUUACAUCAAGGUGAAAAGGUCACAACAAUAGAAAUCAACUUAGAUAUAGAUAAUGAGGGCAGAGUAGCAAAGAAAGUUGGAGGAACUGUUAUAAAACAAGAACCAGAAUAGAAAUCAGUUUUCAGAUUGUAAUUGGUUGUUGUUUCCUAUGUCUUUGUUAUAUAUAGAAACUGUAAACAUGAACAAAUUGUUUUAUACCAGUAGUUAUAGUGAUGCAUUUCUAAAUUUUUUUUCCAUGUUGAAAAAAUACAUUAAAACUGAUUCAAAUGAUACAAAAGAAGAAAUUAUGGGAAAAUUACAAGAAUAGAAAAAAAAAAUAUACCAUUUUAUGAAUCCUAGUGUAAUGUUUACUUUGUUUUUCAAGUUAACAAAUAUUUUUUGCUUUAAAAUCAUGCAGAAAUUGCUUAAAAUUGUAAUAUUUUAUCUGUAUAUUUCAUGUUUUUUCCCCAAAAUUAUUGAUAAACUGAUUGUUCUUUUAUACAUUUGUAAUUGUUAACAUUUUUUUCACAGCUAAAUACAUCAGUUAUCAUGCUUUCACUCAGUUAAAUUAUUGUAAAAUACAUUGAUUAUAAAUGAGACUUACACCAUGUUUUUUAAGUUUAUUUAGAUAAAACCUUUCCUUUGAAUAUUAAAUUUGAAAUUUUAAAAAAAUCUGAUGAUCUUCUGAACUUCAAUUUUAAGAGAUAUUUGAAAAUAAAGAGAUGGAUGAAAUUCAUUUGUAAAUUAGUAUGCAACUGUUAUGUUAUCAAAACUUUCAGUAAAAAUCUGUGAAUUUUAUAGCAAUGCAAAAAUUUCCAACUUUAAUUAUGAUUUUUUAUAUGAAGUGCAUAUUCACCACACAGUCUAGUAUACUCAUAUUUACUGUUGCAAUUGCAAGCAUUAUGAUUAUAAUAUGUAUUAGAAUUUAUAUAUACUUGGUAUAGAAUAAAACAACUAGUCAACACAAGUAAUGAAUACAAGUUUGAAGUUGUAUUUAUUAUACAAUAUGAUAAUUAUAAAACUAUCAAAUUAUGAAAUGAAAAACAUUUACAAUUUCAAAGCAAGUGAAUAUAAUUCUAAAAAAUAGUCAAAGACAAUAAAACAAACAAUGUUAUUUAAUGUAUAUAUACAGAUAAUGUAUUGUCUUGUAUUAGUUUGUUUUUUACUAGGAUAGAUAAUCAAUUUGCAAAUGUUUUUUCAUGUUUUCUUAAGCACAUGGAGCAAAAUUUAGAAUUGGCAAUUUCAUUGUAAAACUGGCCAUUCAAUGUAGAUAUAAGGUCCAAGUGCUUACACAAUUAAGAGGCUAGACGGAACUUUUGUUAGGAUAUGAUUUGUUGAAAAAAGGAUUAUUUGAUGGUUUAAGUAUAUUGACAUUUUAGCAAAACAAUGUUUACUUAGUUAAAGUAAUUUAAGAAACCUUGUUUUAUGUGGUAAUACACAUUUCUUUUGGUCCCUUCAUUAAAGCCGAGAUUGAAUAGUUUGCCAUCUUGUCUAUUCUCCUGUUUAUUUAGAUAGCUCUUAUAUUGUCAUGCCUAUUGAACUGAACUUUGGUAUGUAGUUUUAAUACAAACAGUAGUUGAUGGAGAUGUGAUUUUGAAAGGAAUUACAAUUUUGUAAGAGCUUUAAGAUUAUUUUGUUAUAAGUAUAAAGUAGCUACACCAUUUGUGUCAUUGAUAAUAUGUUCAUUCAUAUCAACAUUUGGAAUAUCAAUAAACUUUUUUUAAAAGUUUU